AUGUUGACUCGUUCCACUUCAUCCUCAUUUUGUACAGCUUCCCUGCAGGUGAGUAGCGUGGGAUAUCCCACCCCGGAUAGUUGUAGAUCUGUCACCUCUUUUAUAUACAUGUGGAGGCUCACGCGAUGGUUGUGUUUUCGUCUCACACCGGAUCCCUCGUUGGUUGUCAUGCCGGCGAGCGUGGGGGGCGUUGAGGUUUACCGCAACGCGGUGAGCAGUCGUGACGAGAACGUCAUCUGGGACGAGCUCAGCCUUGUCCUGGAGCGGGAGGGGCAGAAGGUGCUGUCGGAGCGCUCGAGCCCGCAGAACAAGACUGUGAAGCACACAUAUCUUGAGAUGCACGGCGAGCAACAGUUUACGGAGGUAAAGAGUUGGCAAAGGAAAGAGGUGCGGCGGCUUCCGGGGCUAGUGUGGUCGCCGACGCUGAUGGCGUGGCUGCGAGGCGUUGCCCCGACUCUGCUGGGGUCUAUGCCAGACACUGCGCGCGUGGUUGAGCACAAUUUACCCGGCUACGAGAUGCACAUCGAACACCCCACGGUGGGUGGCUGCUUUCUCUACCUCUCCCUCCUCUCGGACACGGUGCUGUCCUUUGAUGAUGAGGCGACGGGUCGCCGCGGGCAGGUUUUUCUGCCGCAACGGUCCAUGAUGCGCUGCUUUGGUGAGGCCAGAUGGGGAUGGCGAUUUGGCGAGCAACCCAGCGCCACACACACGUUUCUUAGUGCUGCCGGUGUCCGGCGUGUGGUGGAGCCGGACAUGCGACUUAGCGUGCAGCUGUGGAAGUUCACGCCACAGUUGCUGGAUGCGAGGCUGCUGCAGGACAGGGUGGAGGAGUCCGUCCGGCACCUCGAGAGAGAAAAACUCCGAGCUGACGUGGAGCAGGCGGAGGAGGCCUGCGAGUCCCCACAACUUGACUUCACUGCGGUGUCCGGGGAUGAAACCACAGGCGGGGGGCCUCUUGGCGGCGAUUACGUGGCGGGUCCGUCCCCUCAGCCGGGGGGCGGCGCUAAGGUCACGAUGGAGACAAUUGGAAAAGACUACGACACCUACAAGCAAAAAUUUCAGCACGUCCACGGAGUACUUCAGGAGAUGAAGACGUUGCAGGACGCUGGGCAACCUAUUAAUGACAUGUGGUUGAGGCGAAAGAUUUUGGACGGCCAGGGAGGCACCGAACACGACAAGAGUGACGGCUUUGAUGCCGAGGAUGUGGAAGGCACGUGGGAUCGCGUGGACGCACGGGCACGCUUCUACAAGGCACGACUUAAGGGCAUGGACUACGACGGUAGUGCCAACCUCAGUAGUGCGAUGCCGGACGUGACGGAGGAUGCGCCGCUUGACAUGAAGAAGACAAUACGGAAGAUUGCCCCACUUGUGAAGGAUGGGGAAAAGAUACUCGCAAGUUUUCCUGGCGCACAGUAA